GGAAGUUUGUACCCUGCCACCCUCUUUGAACUCCAAACCAAAUACCAAAGUAAGAGUGGGAUUUACAGGAGCCCGCAUGGGAGCUAGAUAAGGCCUGUGUGAGCGCUUGCGAUUAAACUCCUCUUCUGAGUGAGUAUUAGUCAUCCUGUGUUGAGAUGGAUCAGAAUUCCCCUCAAAAAGACCCCACUAUUCCGGGUUUCCCGUGCGUGCUCAUUGGCUCUCUUCAGUCAUGUGAUCACGUUGACCCAUGGAGGCAUUCUUUCAGUGCUCUGUCUGAUCUGGUUGUCUCACUCAUAAAGGAAGCCAGAGGGUUCUUACCAUCAUCAACUGGUGUUCGCUCGCAGUUUUCCCUCUCAGGCGAGACGCUACAUAGCAUUUUUUUUCAUUUCUUUUUUAGCAGUCACCUCUAAAAAAAUCAGGAAAUAAUGUUCUCCUGUUACAUAUUUUUGUCUGUUCUUUCUCUGUCUGGAUUUCUGGGCGACUUCCAUGUGUUCGGCUGCGAUGAAAACUGCCCAGACAAGCCUGUUUUCAGUCCGUCCAGGCUGGUGGUGGAGUUUGGCACCUCGACGUCUGCCAACUGCUCCGUUUGCCGGGAAGAUUGCCUUGGCAAGUUUUCCGGUUUGGAACAUUCAACCGGCAGGUUCCAAAAAAACGAGACCACCUAUUUGUGGACGGCGGAAAAAAUUAACACGUGGACGUCGUCCAUCUUGUGCUAUUACAACAAAGGGAAGGACUUGCAGUGCUGCAGCAUCCUGCCCAUCAUCGUUUACCAGUUUCCCACAAAGGUCGAGGUGGGCUUCCGCAAUCACGACGGGCCGAUGCUGGAGGGUCAACAAUACCAGCUGUACUGCCGCGUUGAGAAAGUUGCUCCGCUCAGAAACGUUAUUGUGACCCUCUACCAAGGGGAAACCGUGCUGGGCCAGUACCACCCAAAGUACAACAAUGAGAACAAACCGUCCAACAUGACCUUCAUGAACGUCUUCAACGCCACCAAAGAAAAUGACGGAGCCCGAUAUAAGUGCGUAGCUCGGCUGGACCUGGAACAUGACGUGGCGCUCAACGACACAAUAUCUAAUAUUGUCACCGCCACCGUUUACUAUAAGCCUCAACUCGUCGGACCCGCCGGUGGACCGGUAAGCCUCACGGUGGGUGACCCCCUUCACCUCAACUGCUCCGCCGAGGGAAACCCGAGACCCUCAGUCACGUGGAUACUCCCGUCGGCCGCCCCUUCUGAUUUCCACGGCGAAGUCUUCUCAGUGGACUCGGUCGCCACGGAGCAUAAAGGACAAUACGUCUGUUCUAUUAACAACACCGUGGGAACGGCCACUGUUAAGUUCUACGUGGAGGUACACAUCAACUACACGCCUAUUAUUUUAGCCGCCAUAGCGGCGCUUGUCGGACUCGCGACCCUCACCGUCAUCUUGCUGUACGUCCAUUACUACAGACUGAGCCGGACUGGGGAGUACAGGCUGAAGGACGUGUUGCGUUUUCGCACCCCGCACGUCGCCCUGCCCGCUGGGGAGUUGUAAGGGGGAACGGUAAAGGGUGGGGGGGAGGCGGUUGCUGUUUCUCUAAACUGUGCAUGUAUUUGUGCAAUUUACUGAAGUCACUGUGUGUUUGAAUUCUUGUCGUGUGUGUGGGUUCUACACGAGUGCUGUUUGUUUUGAAAGUCAUCGAAUGUAGUACGAAUAUUUGGAGGCGCACUGAGGUGCAUUUAUUUGUGCGCGACCCGUACAGUGAUGAUGCCUUGAGAUACGAGUGAGGCAUCUUAAGACAAUUUCACUAUACUAACAGGCAUAUUUUCUUUAUCUUCUGCGAAAAACGACAAAUAUUACCGCAGCUUCCUGAAGAGUGGUGACUUCUCCUCUGUAUCGUGAUUACAAAGUAUCAUACUGCCCCCAUGUGGCCAAGGCACACACAUCAGAAGGAGCCACACAAUUACGCCGCACAAACUGGCUUAUUUUUUAGAUGCUACUUAAUUAUUUUAACGCAGUUUUCUUAAAUAAUGCACAGUAUUAUAGAUUUCUAUUUUCUUAAUUUAAAAAAACAUGUUACAAACACUCAUAUCGCAAGGCACUGCUCGAGAUGACAACGUAUAUUAUGUUAAUAGUUUGGCAUUCGUGAAUUUGUCUGGCGUUUGUUACUUUCUUGGGGGGGGGGUCACUUAUUUGCUGUUUCUAUGUUCAGGCUGAAACCAUGUGUAAUAUAAAAUUUGUGCUUUGGUGCCAUCUGGCACCUCUAUAAGCAAUUCUAAACUUUAUAUGUGGAUAUCAAGUAGUUACAGAUUAGAGCUAUUUUGUUAAAAAAAUGCAGUUCACUUUAAAU